AUGGACAUGUUGCCAAAGCGCGAUGGUAACCACGUUCCUCUGAGCCCCAUCACCUUCCUCCCGAGGGCCGCCUCCUCCUACGCCGACCGCACCUCCCUCAUCUACGGCAGCACCACCUUCACCUGGAAGCAGACGUACCAACGCUGCUGCCGCGUCGCCGCCGCACUCCAGGAGAUGGGCGUCUCCAAGAACGACGUCGUGUCGGUUCUUUCACCCAACUCGCCGGCGAUGUACGAGCUGCACUUCGCGGUGCCCAUGGCCGGGGCGGUUUUCAACGCCAUCAACUCGCGCCUGGACGCGGCCGGCGUGGCCACCAUCAUCAACCAUGCCCAGCCCAAGGUGCUGCUCGUGGAUUACGAGUACACCGGCCUCGUGACCGAGGCGAUCAAAGCCCUGAGCGCCGACGCGCCGAAGCCAACGCUCGUGGUGAUGGACGACCAUAACAAGCCCACAGGCGCCCGCAUGGCCGGCGCUGACAUCGAGUACGAGCAGCUGGUGGCGAGAGGAGACCCGGCGAGGUACCCUCCCCGAGUCCUCGAGGACGAGUGGGACGCUGUCACCCUUAACUACACCUCCGGCACGACGGCGGCGCCCAAGGGCGUCGUGUACAGCCACCGCGGCUCCUACCUCAGCACGAUGGCCAACAUGAUCCAGUGGGGCCUGAGCAACGAGGCGGUCUACCUGUGGUCGCUCCCCAUGUUUCACUGCAACGGCUGGGCCUGCACGUGGGGCGUGGCGGCGUGCGGCGGCGUCAACGUCUGCAUCCGCUCGCCCACCGCCGUAAACAUAUACACCUCCAUAGCCACCUACGGCGUCACCCACAUGUGCGUCGCGCCGGUGCUGUUCAACGUCCUCAUAGAGGGUCGCCAUAAGCCGCUGCCCCGCCCCGUGCAGGUCCUCACAGGCGGUGCGCCGCCGGCAGCUGCAGUCCUCGACAGCAUCGAGAAGCUCGGGUUCAAAAUCACGCACUCGUACGGCAUGACGGAGGCGACGGGGCCUGCUACAUAUUGCGAGUGGCGGCAGCGGUGGGACGCGCUGCCGGCGCCAGAGCGGGCGGCGCUGAAGGCACGGCAGGGCGUGAGCGCGCUCUCCCUCGCCGCGGUCGACGUGAAGGAUCUCAGCACCAUGAAGAGCGUGCCCCGUGACGGCGCCACCCUCGGGGAGAUCGUGAUACGCGGGAGCGGCGUCAUGAAGGGGUACUACAGGAACCCGGAGGCCACAGAGGCCGCGUUCCGCGGCGGCUGGUUCCUCACCGGCGACGUCGGGGUGGUGCACCCGGACGGGUACGUGGAGAUCAAGGACAGGUCCAAGGACGUGAUCAUCUCCGGUGGCGAGAACAUCAGCAGCGUCGAGGUGGAGUCCGUGCUCUACGGCCACCCCGCGGUGCUCGAGGCGGCGGUGGUGGCCAUGCCGCACCCGCACUGGGGCGAGACGCCGUGCGCCUUCAUGUCGCUCAAGGAAGGCGUCCCCAAGGUUAAGGAGGAGGAGGUCGUGUCCUUCUGCCGGAGCAAGAUGGCGCGCUUCAUGGUGCCCAAGAAGGUGGUGUUCGUGGAUCAGCUGCCCAGGAACUCCACCGGGAAGGUCCAGAAGCUCCUGCUCCGUGAGAGGGCGCGUGCAUUGGUGGCAGCUGCUACCAACAACAAGGAACAACACCUGGUCAUCGCUGGGUCUAGCAGGCUUUGA